UGUUUCUUCUUACACUGGUUAUCAUUAUUACGGUAACACCAGAAAAAAGAUAUCUCCCGUGACCUGAUUCGUUGAGUUAGCGAAACCCCGAGUCAAAACACUUACCACCAACCAUGAGCUGGAUUCGUAGACUCGAUCUCAUCGAUCCCUACUACACAUGUUCUCCUCUCAUCGUCCGAGAAACCUCCAUUGUGGAGCCCUCACCAUUCUUUCCUUCCUUCAUCCACGACGACGAAGAUCUCGCCUUCCCUCUCGGAUUCCCAUCGCCUUCCCCACUCGAUCUAUUCGAAAGCGUGACGGAUCUGGUCAAGAUCGAGAAAUCCCCGUCGUCUUGCAAGUACCAGCUGGUGGUUCGCCGGAGGGCGGAGCCGGAGUAUCCUCUCCAGUAUCUCUGCGACCGAGUUUCCGAGCUCGAAAUUAAGUUCGAGCGCCUGGUCGGUCCUAAGGGGCGUGACUCCGACAGGAAGUACAAGCUGACGAAGGAGAUCAAGGGCUCCGGAGAGAGGAAGUACAAAUGGGAGGCGGAGAUCCAAGGGCCGCCGGGGAGGAAGUACAAGUGGGAAGCUGCGUUUGAAGGUCCUGGGGAGAGGAAGUACACGUGGACGACGGAGGUCAAAGGCGGGAAGAAGGAUGUGGUUGCUCUGAAGAAGGCCAAGGCAAAAGCUGAGGCGAUGGCCAAGAUGAAGAAGAAGAAGAGUUACAACUGGACGACGGAGUUGAAGUCGGAGAGGGAAAACGGAGAGAUGCAGCACACGUACACGAUCAAAGCUUCCUCUGGAGGCGAGAAGAAGGAGAAAAAGGAGAAGAAGAAGGAGAAGCCACGUGUCGUAGAGAUCGAGGAGGAUGAAGAAGAACAUGGAGCCAUCCUUCUCAGGAAGGCGUAUUCAAGAAGAAGUGGAGCAGUAAGGACCAAGAAGGGAAAGAACAAAGAAAUGCCGCCUGAAUACGCGGCUGUGAUGAUCCAGAGGGCUUUUAGAGCUUAUCUGAUUCGCCGCUCAAAAGCAUUACGUGCUCUUCGUGAUCUAGCUAUCGCAAAGACCAAACUGAAGGAGCUAAGAGCUUCAUUCCACAACUUCAACCACCGUCGCGUGAUCUCUCGUGAUGCAGAGGAGCGCCAGAAGUUCUCUGAGAAGAUCAUUGUCCUCCUCCUCACUGUUGAUGCCAUAGAGGGAGUUGAUGUGAUGGUUAGAGGAGCAAAGAGAUCAAUGGUGGAUGAGCUGGAAGCAAUGUUGGAGGUUGUAGACCCGCAACCGCAGCAGGGGAAGUCAUUGUCGAUGAUGAGAAGAACAUUCGAUAUGCCAGACCGUAUGAUCCGCAAUGAAAUCGCUGAGGGAGUGACUCAGAUUGUGCAGAUGCUUGAAACAGAAGAAGAAUGAUGGAACCUAUGUGUGUACGUGAUUCAGAGGCUGUUUUUGUUGUGUCUUUGGAAUAAUUAAUUAGCCUCUUUUGUUUGCUUAGUGUCUUCUUGAGAAUGUUUCUAAUUACGGUGAGAAAAAAUAAUAAUGAUGGGAGUGUCUGUUUAUCUGUCU